GAAGCUUCUCUCCCCUUAAAAAACACACUCUCUCUCUCACACACGCUAAAAACUCUCACUUUCUCUCUCUACGUUUCAAUGGGAUUCCCAGUGGGUUACACCGAAAUUUUUCUCCCAAAACUAUUCAUACACACGCUUCUUCUUCUGGGUUUCAUCAGAAACCUCAUUUUCUCUCUCUUCCGCUUUCUGGGUCUCUCAGAUUUUCUCGAACCCGGUGCCUCUUUCCCGGAAACCCCGAUCCGGGCACCCGAAUACCCGCCCGUAUCCGCCGUUCUGCUCCGAGAGCUGCUUCCGGUGGUGAAGUUCGAGGAGUUGGCUGUCUCCGGCUGUGGAGACCAGCCGGAAAGCUGUGUCGUUUGUCUGUACGAGUUCGAGGUCGGGGAAGAGAUCAGGUGGUUGUCGAACUGCAAGCACAUUUUCCACCGGAGCUGUCUGGACCGUUGGAUGGACCACGACCAGAAAACAUGUCCACUGUGUAGAACACCCUUCGUGCCACAUGAUAUGCAAGAUGAGUUCAAUCAACGGCUCUGGGCUGUCUCCGGUGUUACUGAGCUUUACAGCGAGUACUUUUCCAUUUCGGGUCUGUAAAAGUUUAAAUUGUUAACGGGUGGGUUUUCACUUGUUGAGACAAAUACAGUGUAUAUAUACGAGAAAAUUCAAUUCCAAUAAAAAAAAAAAAAAAAAAAAAAAGAAGUUUUUAUCACACUUUCUUUUACUAUAUAUAUAUAUAUAUAUAUAUAUGCUUAUAUGUGAUUUGGAUCUGGCAUAAAUUAUCUUUAUUAGUUUAUUA